GCUUGGUCUGAACUUGACGAAGAAUCCGACAAGACAACAACAAUUACAGAGAUUCAGACAAGGUCUUUGAAAUUCGGAGGAUGUUUGGGAUCCAAAGCAGACGUGAUUUGACGAUGGAGCUACAAUCUCAGAUUCCGAUUCUCCGUCCAAGCAUCCACGCCAGACGAGCCAACAUCGUCGUCAAAUUCCAGGACUUGUACGGUUUCACGGUGGAAGGAAAUGUCGACGAUGUCAAUGUGUUGAACGAAGUUAGAGAGAAAGUCAGGAACCAAGGACGAGUUUGGUGGGCUCUUGAAGCUAGCAAAGGAGCUAAUUGGUAUCUUCAACCGGAGAUUCUCUUGAUCGGUGACGGAAUCGCUUUGAAAACAUCUCUCAAGAUCUCCACUUUGACGAAUGCGAUUACGUUGAAGAGAUUGAUUAGGAAAGGGAUCCCACCCGUGCUUAGGCCUAAGGUUUGGUUUUCUCUUUCUGGUGCUGCUAAGAAGAAGUCCACCGUCCCGGAUAGUUAUUACAGUGAUUUGACCAAAGCCGUCGAUGGGAAGGUCACGCCGGCUACGAGGCAGAUUGAUCAUGAUCUGCCACGCACUUUCCCAGGCCAUCCAUGGUUGGACACUCCAGAGGGUCAUGCUGCUCUACGACGUGUGCUUGUUGGGUAUUCCUUUCGCGAUUCAGAUGUUGGCUAUUGUCAGGGACUAAACUACGUUGCAGCAUUACUAUUACUUGUCAUGAAGACAGAAGAAGACGCAUUCUGGAUGCUAGCAGUCCUUUUGGAAAACGUAUUAGUCCGUGACUGUUACACAACCAACUUGUCUGGAUGCCAUGUUGAGCAGCGGGUUUUCAAAGAUUUGCUUGCCCAAAAAUGUCCUCGAAUAGCUACUCAUCUUGAAGAUAUGGGCUUUGAUGUUUCCCUUGUAGCCACUGAAUGGUUUCUAUGCCUCUUCUCUAAAAGCCUUCCUUCAGAGACAACUCUAAGGGUGUGGGAUGUACUUUUCUAUGAAGGAGCAAAGGUUCUAUUUCAUGCAGCUUUAGCAAUAUUCAAGAUGAAAGAGAACGAGCUGCUUAUGACCCACCAGGUCGGCGAUGUAAUCAACAUAUUACAGAAAACUUCACACCAGCUUUUUGACCCGGAUGAAUUAUUAACGGUGGCCUUUGAGAAAAUCGGAUCGAUGACUACCAACACCAUAUCAAAGCAGAGGAAGAAGCAGGAACCAGCAGUGAUGGCAGAACUUGACCAGAGACUUCGGAGACUCAACUCUCUGAAAGAAAGUGGUAAGAGCACAUAAACAAAAAGAACUGUUGGGGAGAAGAUGAGCCAAAAAGUGUAAACGAGGGAGUCCAAGAAUGGUUUAUUUUACCCCUCUUGAUGGUUUUUUCUUUCUUUUUUUCCAAGUAUAUAUAAAUAGGAUUUUUAAUU